AUGGGUUGGAAAACUGAUUUUGGUCCGAGUAAAGAAGAUGGUGAGAGCUUGAGCUUCUUCAAGGUUUUCCAGGGUGAUGACUUAUCCUCCGAAAGCAAGAGAGCGUUUCCUUACAACUUCAUAAGUAAAGUCUCUCAAGAGGAGAUCUCCCGUAAUAUGGUGAUACGAACGCAAUGGGGAAGCUCAUGGGAAGUGGGAAUCUGCAAGAACGCAAGGUUCUACUACAUGGACAGGCGUGGAUGGAGCCAGUUUGUGAGCGACAACGCCUUGGGACAAAACGAGUAUGUUACCUUCACUCACAAAGGCAACAUGUGCUUUCAUGUCAGCAUCUUCGGGAAGAAUGACAAGGAGAUUAUCACACCUCGAGAUCCCCGGACAAUGGCUUAUCUUAGUGGGAUCAAGAAAGAACAAGGGGAGAGCAGCAACAAAGCUUUGAAGGAGGAAGAGGAAACAGGUGAAUCCAUGGGAGUAGUUGAGCUCAAUGUCAGAAAGAAGAAAGCUAAGGAGGAACCCGAGACAUCCAAGAAGAAGAAGAUCAAGGGCGAUAAAGUGGAGCCUACUGUUCCACAAUUCGAAGUCAUCCUAUUGAAAUCAUACCUCGCACACCUGCCAAUCCCAAGUUACUUUAUUCGCCAGAAUCAUAUCCCGAAUAAGUCUACGACAUUCACGAUUCAUCACGAGAACGGGAACGGUUCAUGGGAGGUGUCUUGCUUGGUGAAGAAGACUUAUGCAACCACCCUCUCAGCUGGAUGGUCGAAAUUGGCACGACAGUACCCUUUAUCGAUCGGCGACGUUUGUACCUUCCAGCUCAUCAAACCGACCGAGUUUCGCCUUGUUGUCGGCCAGUGA